AUGUUUCGUGACGUCACUCGAGGGAACGGUUUAAUAUCGAAUUUAGGAACUACUGUGGAAUUUAAAGUAGAUAAAAUUACUACCGAUGCUCCUAUAUUUGCUAUACCAAAAACUUACAAUAAUGAAACUUGUUCAUGUGCAACUUCAAGUACUUGUGCAGAAUUGGCAAGUUUCUACAAUUACACUCAUCACACAGUUUACACUAUCGAAAAUAUUUACAUUGGAUGUUUUUUGAUUGAAUCAAUUCUUCAUUCAUCACUCUCUUGCUUUUUUUCAAUUUCAUGUAUGACUGAUCUCAUGGCAGCGACGGGUCUUGGAGAUCUAAGUUCCGGGGGGCUACAAGAAAUAAUUACAAUUUCACCACUACAAUUCUCGUCAUCAACUUCAAACUUUAGAAUCAAUGACACAAUCGAAACACUGAUCUAUCGGUUGUUUAUUGAUUAUUGGUCAAGUGAAAUAUCUUAUGAACAAUAUUAUAAUGCAUGUGCACCAACACAUUGUACUUAUUUGUAUGAAAAACGCUUGAAUGUUCUUUAUGCAGUCACAAUUUUCUUGACUGUUGUCAAUGGACUUUUACUUGGACUUCGUUAUGUUGUUCCAAUUUUCGUUCGACUGGUAUACAAAUUACGAAAUCGUCUUUGCGGUUAUCAUGAAUGA